CGUAUGUAUCUUAUUAUAAAAUAAUUCCAGACAAAAAUACUUGGAACAAUGGAGACAUCUCAGACCAAACAUUCCGAUCCGUCCGACAUACAGGAGAAGGAGACCAGUAUGGAGAAUAACCUGGAGAAGGACAUUUUUAAGACGAAGGAUAUCGUGGAGCAGGGGGACGACGGCAAGGACGACACGGAUAGCCUGAGCAGUACAGAGUCUGGGGAACUGGUGAAGAGAUUGAAACGGAAACGAGUUGAGGAGGACGACGAGGAAUCCGAAGCCAAGAGAAGAAGUGAAGAACCUCUUGUUAAACUAUUUAUCGUGGACGAGACUAACAAUGAGAAGGAAGAAAAGGAAGAUUUUGACGACGAUAAUGAAACUGACAAAGAUCUUAAACAAGACAAAGAGGAAGAAAAAGAUGCUGAAGAAGAAGUUUAUGAAGUGGAAUCAGUAGUGGAUUACGAUUACUGUAAAGAAACGGAGAGAGGACUUUACAAGAUUAAAUGGAUUGGUUGGGCAGAAGAGCAUAAUACCUGGGAACCUAUAGAUAACCUACUACACUGCAGGGAACACCUUGUUAAAUUUUACUACAAGAGAUUACAGGAGAGAGAAAGUGCUUCAGCAGGAAAGAAAAGAAGCCUACCUAUGCCCCCAGAUCCAAGAAUAUCAGAAGAUUUACGAGAUUUAUUCAUCUCUAAGUAUUACACCAAACCAUCUCAGGAGACAUUGGAGGCUUUAUUUCAGGCAAAGAAGAAGGGAAAGGUAACGAAGCUCCUGUCCGAGUCCGUUCUGAGGAAGGAGAUGGAGAACCUGGCGGGGCUCAAGAAGAUUAACAUGAAGAGGUUGGAGGCGGUGAGGGUUCAGUUGAACCUUCGCGAACUACAGACAUACAGGGAUAAUCAACUCAAACAAAUCAAGGACUGGGAGAAUAAGAUAAAUGAUAUUGAGAAGGAUGCUCAUGUAUCUGUAACUAACGAUGUGGAUCUGGACGGACCUCCAACAUUAAUGGAAUAUAUUAAUUGUUAUAAGGCUGGUGAUGGAAUAGAGAUACCUGACGACCCACGUCUUGGCUGUGAAUGUGAAAAUUGUUCUUCUAAAUGUAGCUGCUAUGGAAUGAAUGAAACCGAGAUGGCGUAUAAUCAGAAUGGAAGACUGAGAGUUGAUAUAGGAUAUCCAAUCUACGAAUGCAACAAAAGAUGUAAAUGUCCUUCCAGCUGUAGAAACAGAGUCGUGCAGAACGGACGAAAAGUUAAGCUUGGUAUUUUCAGAACAAGUAAUGGGUGUGGCUGGGGUGUGAGGACCCUGGAGAAUAUCAAGAAAGGCAGCUUUGUUGUCCAGUAUGUUGGCGAGGUUAUAACCUCUGACGAGGCCGAGGAGAGAGGGAAGAAGUAUGAUGCUGACGGGAAAACAUAUCUCUUUGAUCUGGACUUCAAUCUAGGGGAUGAAAAUCCAUUUACGGUCGACGCUGCUUUUUAUGGGAAUCUGAGUCACUUUAUAAACCACAGUUGUGAUCCUAACUUAAAUAUCUUCAACGUUUACAUCAACUGUUUAGAUCCAAACCUACCUCAGCUCUGCUUGUUCGCUAGACGGAAUAUUAAAAAAGGAGAGGAGCUGAAUUUUGACUAUUCUCAGUCCACACAAAGCGCAGACUCCGAGGACUCCCCUGAUUCCCCCUGCAAGACCCCUCACAGAGCCAAAGUUGGAGAAUCGUCGGCCGGACGACUAGGUACUCCUGGUCGAGUGGGUACUCCAGGACAAAAGAAAGAAUCCUCCAACGCUGUAGUUCAAAAAACAGAAUGUCGUUGCAACGCAAAGAAUUGUCGCAAAGUCCUUUUUUAAACCAACAAGUAUUUCUUUUUAUUAAAGCUUCUGUUGGUUUGUCAAAAGUAUAUUGUUUUAAUCGAAACUGAUCCAUUCUUCAAAUCUGGAAGAUAUGGUCGUUCCUCUAGGUUUAAAAGUAUUUACUUUGCAUAGCUCCUACAUGUUUUCUUGCAGUAGAAAUGCCCAAGUCUUUUUUUGUAG